AUGAAGAUGCCAACUUUCAAGGGAACAAGGGAUCCAGACUUGUACCUUGAUUGGGAGAGAAAAGUUGAAGCCAUUUUUGACUGCCACAACUAUUCUGAGGGUAAGAAAGUUAAACUUGCUGCUGUUGAGUUUUCUGACUAUGCAGCAAUCUGGUGGAAAAAGCUUUCUAGGGACAGAUUGCAAGAAGGACAAGCACUCGUUGCUACGUGGGCUGAGAUGAAGAGGGUAAUGAGGAAGAGAUUUGUGCCAUCACACUUUCAAAGAGAUCUACAACAAUGUCUUCAAACUUUGAGGAAAGGGUCCAUGUCUGUAGAUGAGUACUUUAAGGCUAUGGAUAUGGCUAUGAUCCAAGCUAAUUGUAUGGAGGAAGAGGAGGCUACAAUGGCUAGGUUUUUGAAUGGUUUAAAUAGGGAAAUAGUUGAUGUAGUCGAAUUACAACAAUAUAUAACUUUAGAUGAGUUAGUUGAAUUAGAUGUAAAGGUAGAAAGACAAAACAAAAGGAGACAACAAUCUAGCUCAUGGAGAAGCCGGCCAACUACUAUUCCAAAGAAGCAACGGCCGAAAUCUGAGGAGACACCUACUCUUAAAUUCCAUGAAGACAAGGGCAGGAGCAAAUUGGAAUCCAAGGAUGGGGGUAAGCCUUUUACGCCUAAAACUUCUACUUCUACUUCUUCUAUUAAAUGUCUCAAGUGUCAAGGGAGAGGGCAUAAUUCUUAUGAAUGCCCAAGUAGAAGAAACAUUCUAAUCAAAGAGGAUGGGGGAUAUGAGAGUGAAAAAGGUGAACCAAGUGAAGAACAAGGAGAAAACUUUGUAGAGAGUGAAGAAGGAAAAGAGAUGGAGUACAUUAAUAGUGGGGUGAAUUUUGUGGUUAGGAGGCUUAUGCACAUUAAUUUGGGUCACUCUAAUGAAGAACAAAGGAAAAACAUAUUCCAUACUCGGUGUGAGAUUAAAGAUAAAAUUUGUUCUAUGAUAAUUGAUAAUGGGAGUUGUGCUAAUGUUGUGAGUGCAUAUUUGGUGGAAAAGUUAGGGUUGGAAUGGACGAAGCACCCUAGACCUUAUAGGUUGCAAUGGUUCAAUGAUAGUGGAGAGGUCAAGGUGAAUAAGCAAUGCAUGGUCUCCUUCAAGAUUGGAAGUGGAGAGGUCAAGGUGAAUAAGCAAUGCAUGGUCUCCUUCAAGAUUGGAAGGUACGCUGACGAAGUUCUAUGUGAUAUAGUACCCAUGCAAGCUUGUCAUAUCUUGUUGGGGCGCCCGUGGCAGUAUGAUAGGAGUGCUUUUUAUGACGGGAGGAAAAAUAGAUACUUUCUUAAGCAUAAUGGAAAGAAGUACAUUCUUGCACCUUUAACUCCUUCCCAAGUAUAUGAAGAUCAAAAAAAGAUGAAAGAAUCAAUGGGGAAACAUGGGAAGGGAUCAAAACGAGAGACUGAAAGGAAAGACAAAGAGGGUAAAUAUAAAGUGAGGUGUGAGGAGAGACAGGGCAGCAAAGAGAUAAAGGAAAAGGUGGGGAAGAGUGAAAAAAAAAAAGCAUUGGAUUUUGAAUAUGUUUUUCCUAAGGACCUUCCUAAAGGUUUACCACCUUUUAGAGGAAUAGAGCAUCAAAUUGAUUUUAUGCCGAGAUCACAAAUUCCUAAUAAGCCUCCUUAUAGGAGGAGCAAUCCCGAAGAAAAAAAAGAAUUGCAAAGACAAGUAGAGGAGCUGCUUGAUAAGGGAUUCAUAAGAGAAAGCAUGAGUCCCUGUUCUGUGCCCGUGCUUUUGGUGCCAAAGAAGGAUGGCACUUGGAGGAUGUGCGUGGACUGUCGCGCCAUUAAUAAAAUAACGGUAAAGUAUCGUCAUCCUAUUCCCCAUUUAGAUGAUAUGCUUGACCAAUUGCAUGGUUCUCAAAUAUUCUCUAAAAUUGAUUUGAAGAGUGGAUAUCGCCAAAUUAGAAUGAAUCCUGGAGAUGAGUGA